AAUAGCUAUAUAAAUAUGAAGCGACGAAAUGAGUUAGAAUACACACUUCGCAUUCUACAAUUAUCACUGGGAUACAUGGAUAUGAGUAAAGUUGCAAUACUUCCAGUCCUAUUCAUCCUUUCAGUGGGCGUGCCAACAAAUGCUGCUCCAGGCAAUAGCAGUUUCGCCGGUAGCUUGCUCGAGGUACCACAAAGUCGCAUUUAUGGCGGGCAGAAUGCUGCCGAAGGACAAUUCCCCUACCACGUGUUAGUAUUACGGCACGCUGAUGGAUACAUCGCCAUCUGCGGGGGUGCGAUCAUCUCGCGAAAUUAUGUUGCCUCAACGGCAUCCUGUAUACAGGUUGAUUCCAACACAUCCUACUCAAUACGUGCGGGUACCGUAAAAUUCAACUCGGGCGGCGUAGAAGUUCAAGUAGCUGAGGUGAAAAUACAUCCUGAGUAUAGCUCAUUUAAUAACGAUAUAGCUUUACUAAGACUCAGCAGUCCACUAGAUUUCAACGAUAACAUAAAACCGAUACUACUUGGUAGUACUGAGGUUCCUGAGGGCUCAUCGGUCACUAUAACCGGCUGGGGUGUAGUGUCGAGUGGUGGAUUGGCCGAUGUGUUGCAGUAUAAUACAGAGCAAGCGCUAAGUCACGAUAACUGUGUUAAGCGUAUUGGCAAAUUGGCUGAUUCAAUGAGAUGCUUCGCCAAGAGUACUGGUAAUGGUAUUUGUGAUGGCGAUUUUGGAAGUCCAGCAGCUUACAAUGGGGUACUAGUUGGUCUAGCAACUUUCACCAUUAACGAUUGUGGAAACGAUAUACCAAAUGGAUUUGCCAACGUUGUUUUUGCAAGAGAUUGGAUUCGGGCGAAUUCUGAUGUUGAUUGUACUUGUUUUGCUUAAAAUAAAUAUGUAGAUACUUCAAAUUAAAAAAGCACUACC